AUGACUUAAUAGGAAUGAGUCAGUGUAUGGAGGUGACACAGGCGUCUUCCUCGCCACGUCUCCCAAGUAACACUAACACAUAUCUUCUUCCCCACGUCCACCAAGUAACACUUAACACAUAUCUUCCUCCCCACGUCCACCAAGUAACACUUAACACAUAUCUUCCUCCCCACGUCUCCCAAGGAACACUUAACACGACAUGGAGGCCAGACCGAGCUUGGUGGUCCUUUCUACACAUGAUAAAGAUAUGUCCAGUAUAGUGAAAGGUAUUUUAGAAGUGGAGUGUGUUCCAGAACCUAGUCUAAUAUUGGAUGAAAUUAAAUGCUGGCAGUGGGAUAUGGACAACAAAUACUACACAGCGUCAGUUCAACUUGCAGCUGUCUCACGGCCGGACUGUAGUUUGUCGUGGAUCCUAAAACACGGUGAAGCGCUGCUGGUGUACUGUGACUCAUCGCAGACAGAUGUUUUGGAGAGAUUAAAUGGUUUAUUGGAAAAUGUUGGGGACUUUGAGCCAGAAGUACAGUUGCUGGUGUGUGAUGCGUGUACCUCUGAGGAAGGUAACAGUGGACUGUCAAGGUUGAAUGCCCAACAGUGGUGUAUCAGCAAUGGAUGGGAACUCAUAGAACUGAAUCCAGUUGUAAAUGAAUCUGAAGACUCUGAUACAGAAGAUGAUUUCCCCGAGAGUUGGGGAUUCAAGAGAAUUCGUCAGGCUCUUCAUGCCCAUACUUGGUCCAACCUGAAUAUGAAGGAUUGCCGUGGGAGCAGACUGAAUGCAGUUCUUCAGGCUGUAGCUUCAAUGGAGGACAAGACCAGUGACAGUGUCCAUGAAACAGAUGAAGUAUUGUAUUCAAGAUUGGCUGAUAUGACAGUCAGUGAUGGUAAGAAUGAAUCCUCCUCCACUGGGACUACAUUGCAAAACAAUAAUAUGCAAAAUAAUGAGUUAGAUGAAUUAGUGGAUCCAAUCCAGCUUGGGAGUUGCCUUGAGGGAGAAGAUAGUGAUUUUGAAAACUUAUUCUCCAAUUUUGUGCAUCUGAAGCGGACAGCAGCGACACUUCCUCCAAACCAACAGCGAGAUUUUGCUGAAAAAGUAUCAUUGGCAUUUUGGAAAAUAUUGGGAAGUGAUGAGGAUGAGGUUGAUCGUUCUGAUUCAGAUUGAGUUGUUUAUAUUUCAUUCAUUCUUGUUUACUAGCACCUAGGCUAAGAGAGUUUAAUGUUUACAGCAGACCACAACACCCUGCUACAGUACAGUUACAAUCCAAAGUUUCGACACCCCCUCCAUGGCUGGGUGUUCGCCGAGGCCAGCGUUGAGGUAGUGGACACCCAGCCAGGGGGUUGUCGAGUAGGGUGUUGAAACUUUGGAUUGUGACUGUACCUCAGACUAUGAUGUAUAUGUUUGUAUGUAUCUGUUGUAUUGUUUUGGAACCAGAUGUAAUAUUGUUUGAGAAAAUGAAGUUAAGAUAUGA